AUGGAAACCGAUGAAGAGAAUAAGUUGUUAAAAAAGUUUCUUUUACAACUUCCUAUCAAGGCAGAUUUCGAUUUCAAUAAAAAUGUCAAAAAAGAGAUUCGUAAAGCUUUAUUUAUGUCGAUUUCUAGCAAUGGUGAAUAUUUGAAUUGGCUAUUCCCUAGUGCAUUUUUAGAUAACCAAUCUUAUCAAAGAGACGACAUGAUCAAGAAAGUAGAAGAUGAUUAUGAAUGGACAUUUAAUAAUUAUUAUAAAGCACUAUUAUCGAAACGAGACCCAAAACAUGAUACUCACAGUCAUCGUGCUUACCAUAAAAACCUGCCUUGUGGAAGAAUUUUUCGGAAAGGAGAACCCAUACAUCGAUGUUUGACUUGUGGAUUUGAUGAUACUUGUGCCUUAUGUUCACAUUGCUUUCAACCAGAGUAUCAUGAAGGACAUAAGGUGCAUAUUGGUAUCUGUCAGCGUGAAAAUGGUGGUGUCUGUGAUUGUGGAGAUCCUGAAGCAUGGACUCAAGAGUUAUUUUGCCCUUAUGCCGUUGAUGAAGAUUCAACUCCUGUACAUGAUAAAGAAAUACCAGAAAAAUUGGCUGCAUCAAUUUUGACUACAAUAGCAAUUAUUUUAGACUACAUGAUUGACGUCAUAAUACACAGUGAUUUACAAUUCAAAAACCCCGAGGAAACAACUGUACAUGCCAUUGAAUUAAAUACUGCAAACAGCACUUUGGAUCCAAGAAAAUAUGGUUGUCACGAUAAUGAGUUUGUUGAUGCUACCAACAAUCAAUACUAUUUAAUGUUAUAUAAUGAUCAAGUUAGAUAUUAUCGGGAUGCAGUACAAAGGGUUCAUUUGGCUAGCAAAAAAGUCAAAGAUUUUGCAAUUAUGGUGACAGAUAAAGUGCAAAAAUUUGGAAAGGCAAAAGUGAUAAGCUCACGAAACAUUCCACUUUUAUUGGAGAGGCAGAAAAUAUUAAGUGCCACAGGACUAGCGACAUGUAUAAGAAGCCAUAGAGAUAUAUUUAGGGAAGACAUGUGUGAUGAACUUGUAUCGUGGCUUAAUGAUUUUUCUGAAAGUGAACUUUUCAAAACAAACGCAGCUGUGAAGGAUUUAUUUUGUCGAGCUUUUUGUGAAAAGUGGGAGAACGGACUUUUAGGGGUAAGCGAAAUUGAGACUAAUUAUAGUUACAAGGUAGGUACUUUGGACUCCUCUCUUCGAAUUCCCAAAAUUCCCUCCAGGGAACAAAAUACUGAUGGUCAUUGGUAUUACUCUCCCUCUAAAUGGAAGUUGUGUGACGAACUUUGUCAAGAAUGCAAUUAUAAUAUCAAUACUUCAGAAUUUCAGAAGAACGUUAGUCACCAUGGAUCCAGACUUCAAUAUUUGGUGUAUUUGGAUAUCCGUCUUUGGAAAGAUACUCGUGCAUUAUUACAUGACAUGUAUUCCACGUCUUUGAUUAUCAAUUUGCGUUAUAAGAAUAUUAUAUGCUACCAGUACGUGGAUAUCUAUCCAACAAUUGUGGAUAUGUAUCUUACCAUGGAUAGGGAGCCUGAACUCAGUAUCAUGCCAACUUUGUCAACACAAUUAUUCACGUGCCCCACAAACUCGGCAGAAAUAAUCAAACAUGGAGAUUUAACACAAAUACUUUCUUCAGUUUAUGGUUUCUUGACAGCAGAGCGUGUAACAGCUCCUGGUGACAUAGAUAGGACACAUCAAGUAUCUAUCAAAAGCUUAAAAAAUCGACGUUGGGGGCAAAUAUUUUUCGAUCUCAGUUACAUCUUAACUAGAAGUAAGAACUCAAAAUUUUUACCCAACAGCAACAUUGUUCCUAUGACUUGUGACAUGCUAGUUUUAUUUCAAGGUAAGCCUAUUUUGAAACGAGAAAAGGCAAAUCAUGUUGAAUACGAGAGUCCCGAUUACUCUGCUUUCUUCCAAGCAGUUCUGGUGAUCUAUCAAUUUGGCGAAGUUAUUGCAGGAGCUUUGAAGACAACACGAGAGACAGAACUAUGUGACAUUCUACACAACUACCAAUUGGCAAUUGAGUAUGUCCUAACAUUUUUGGUCAAUUUUGAGAACAGGAACUUUCCAGGUUUGGUUGACGAAGAAGUGGAUAUUAAAUUAUCCGAGGAGAAAGCGUACAAUGUUGAACCAAUCACUGGAAGUCUAAUACAAAUCAGUGAUAUUGAAGAAGACAAAGUCAGCUUUUUGCAUCCAGUUCAUUCCUUUUUGAGUUGGUUGAUUGAGUUUUCGCGAUUCACUGACAUUAGGAAUUUAGUUGAGGUUUUCCAAACUGUAAAACUCAAACACAUUGGAUCUGAGACCCCUAGCCUUGAAGUACUUAUAUUUGAUUAUCCCAUUAAGACUAUUGUACUUAUGUCUCAAAUCAAAGCGGGGCUUUGGGUUAGGAAUGGGUUUAGUGUUAAAUCGCAAUUGCAAUUGUACAAAAAUACGAGUCUUCGGGACCAAGGUUACACAAGAGAUUUAUUUUUAAUUCAAGUAUUUGCUAACCUUGAUCAUCCUGACGUUAUAACCUAUUUGAUUCUUGACCGCUGGAAAUUAUUAGAGGAUUGGUUACAAAACAAGCCAUCUCACAUGUAUGAUAUUAAGACUUUGCCGUAUAUGCUAGAAGAGUGUUUGGGUUUUUUCAUUCACUUGUUGACAGAAGAUACACAUUUGAGAGGAUACGACGAGGAAACUUUAAUCAAGAUAAAAAUUCAAAGGGAGAUUAUCCACAUAUUGUGCUUCGGUCCCUUGGGAUAUUCAAAACUUUGUUCUCAAAUUCCUGACCAUAUUGUCGCUGACAGAAGAUUUGAACUUAUAUUAAAAUCAAUGACUGUGUUCAAAGCACCAAAGGGAUCAAACGAUUUUGGAGUAUAUUAUCUCAAAGAUGAGUAUCUUGAUGACGUUACCCCUUACUAUUGCCAUUACACCGCCAACGUUAAAGAUGAAGCAAUAAAGUUUGUGAAGGAAAGAAUUAGUAAAAAGAAAAGUAAACCUGUUAGUGAUGUUAUAAUAGAGCCAAAAAGAAUUAAAACUGAAGAAUUGGGGAUAUACAAGCAUGUCGGAAAUUUUGCAACUUCCACUUACUUUACAAAUUUUUUAAUAAAGGUCUUACUUUUUGUCAACAGUUGUGAUACAAAAGUUGUUGAGAGUUUGUUGGAAACUAUUUUGCAUUUGAUUCAUAUUUGCAGUCUUGAGCAAACUAUCAAUAUUGAUAAAUAUGGUAGUUUCUUUGAUAGGUUUAUGAAUUGGUCAGAGGAAUUUGGUGCAUCGAUUGCCGACUUGUUAUAUAAAAUAUUACUUGCCGAAGAAUUCAAGUUUUCCCAUACCAAAAUCAGAAGUAUAUUCAAAAUUUUCAAUCAGAAAUACCCUAGUUUUAUACCAACUUUGAAAGCACGUCGUUCUGAAUUUGAUAUUUCAAAAGUCGAUUUGUCGUCUGAUGACGCCAAUAGUGAAGAUGAGCUUGGUAAGAAAAAACGUAUUGCCAAAGAACGCCAGGCCAAGUUGAUGGCCAAAUUUAAAAAGCAGCAGUCGCUGUUUCUUAAAAAAAAUCAAUUUGAGACGAUUGCAUGUGGUAGUGAUACAGAAAUGGAAGAGUUGGACGACCACGCGGCAUGGAAAUUCCCAGAGCAUCACUGUAUGUUGUGUCAAAAUGCAGCCGAAGAUGCUGGUCCAUUUGGAAUAAUAGCUUAUAUCUCAAAGUCCUGUGAGUUCCGAAAUGUUCCUUUUAGCGACGAAUAUUGGUUUUUGAAGGCAUUCUCAGAUAAUGUGGAUCUCAAUGGUAAUGAAUACGAGCUGGAUAUAAAUCAAUCUUUACACAAUUCUCCUCAUACCCAGACAUGGAACUCGUUUAUGCAGCAAGCGAGUAAUUCAAGUGUUAUCGGUCCCGGUUUCAAGUUGAAUGAGUUUAUUGAGAGUCAUUUUGUCGCGCUGAGUUGUGGACAUGGAAUGCAUUACCAAUGCUAUGUCAACUACAUUAGUAAUAGUCGAAACAGACAAAAUCAGAUUACUAGAAGCACUCCUGAAAACAUGGAUAGAAAGGAAUUUCUUUGUCCUCUCUGUAAAGCUUUGAAUAAUAUAUUUGUGCCAAUUUUAUGGUCAAGCAAUAAUAGAAGUUUACAGGAAUUUUUAAAACCUUAUGCUGGUACUAGUCCAUUUCUUGAUUUGGACAUGAAAAUUGCCAAGGAUAGAGGCUGGACUGAAAGGUUUCAAAGCUUUUCCGAGCAGGAGUUUGAUUCAAGAUCUAUUUUGACCGGUAUUAGCAAGGAAAUGAUUUCAAUGGACCUGACAAAAGAACUAACAAAACAGCAGAGAGACUUCCGUUUAAUGUUGAGUGACAUGUUCCAGACUUUGACGUUAUUUACAUUUCCACAGGUUUUCAAAGCAGACUCAGGUUUUGUUUUAAUUGAUACGAUCAAAUCUAUUGAAAUUUCUUUGCGUGGCGUUUCUUCUGGGGGACAGUUGAUAAUCCAUCAACUUUCCAAUAAUAUUUUGCUAACAUUGCGAACAUUAAAUGAAUUUAAAAAUUCAAGUACACUUAUGAAGGUGAAAAACUGGAUUGAUCUGCCAAAUCUUAGAAAAUCUGCUUAUUCAAAAAUUUUUGCCUAUAUUUUUGCAUUAUCUAAGAAAUCUAUCAACAAUUACAUGUUAGAAGUGGAUUUUUUUGAGCAUUUGGUAAACACGGAUACGUUCCCAUCGCUCGGAUUUUCUUUUAAUAGUGUUUUAGAAACAUGUUUUAUUGGUCAUUUGAUACAAAGUUUAAGCAUCAUGGUUAAUGAGAUGAGUGCAAAUUGUUUGAAAAAAAAUUGGGCAUACACGGUGUCAGAUAUUCCCACUAUUGCAGACAUUCCUCAAGGAAUUUCAGAGGCUGCUAUCAGUUGUUUUAAAAAAUUGUCUAAUUCCAAUGAUGUUCGAUGUAUUGGUAAUGAUGAAAGUAGAAAGUUUGGUGAAGUGAUAUAUUCCAUGUUGGUGAAAAUUGCUACUCCGUUUUUAAGAAGGGCCGCCAUCUAUGCAUAUGUCCAAUGUGCAAAUAUUGAUGGUAUUGAUUUUGCGGCAUCUCCAGAAACAGAAAUCGAGGCUGACAGAUUAUGUUCGUUUUUGAAUUUAAAACCCGUUUGUGAAUAUUUGCGUUUAUUUAAUGAGGAGAGUUCUUAUGAAGGAAGUGUAUUUUAUGACUUUCUUACUUUCUCAUCAGCAUUACCAAAGGCGAACGAUGUUCUUCGUAUUAAAAAGCAAGUUGAAUAUCCAGGUAUUGUAAAACUAGUUGAUUUACCAGAAAGACUUGAUUUCUUUUUCACCAAGUAUUAUUACCUGGAUCGACAUAAUAACCCAAAUAAAAAAGUUGAAGAUCCAGCAAUCUGUUUGUUUUGUGGUGACGUUGUUGACAUUCAAAAACAGGCAAUAGGUUGCAAAGAGGGACAAUGCACCACACAUUAUUUAAAGGAAUGCAGUAACGAUGUGGGGAUAUUUUUAUUACCGAAGGACCGUUCUCUAUUAUUGCUACACAAGAAUGGUGGUACCUUCUAUAAUGCUCCCUUUUUGGAUGAACACGGUGAAAUUGCCGAGGAAAGCAAAAAGGCAAAAGCGUUGCAUCUAAUGAAGCCAAGAUAUGAUGACUUUAUCAGGAAUAUUUGGUUGCUGCAUAAUGUUCAAAAUUGUAUAGUAAGAAGUUUAGAAAGCGUAUUGGAUCCUGGAGGCUGGGAAACAUUAUAG